AUGGCGGCGCCCAGCCGAUCGCUCACGUGUCCCGGCAGUGCCGGCGCCGCGCAGACAUGUCGGGCCGCCAGGGCAACAAACUGCCCAGCAACCUGCCCCAGCUGCAGAACCUCAUCAAGAGGGACCCCACGUCCUACACUGAGGAGUUCCUGCAGCAGUACCACCACUACCAGUCCCAUGUGGAGAUCUUCACCUUCCAGCCGGACAAGCCCAGUAAGGAGCUGGCCGAACUGGUGAUGUUCCUGGCGCAGGUGGCCCACUGCUAUCCCGAGCACAUGGCCAACUUCCCGCAGCAGCUGAAGGAGCUGCUCUCCUACCACCAUACAGUGCUGGACCCCGACCUGCGCAUGACAUUCUGCAAGGCUUUGAUCCUGUUGAGAAACAAGAAUCUAAUAAAUCCCACGAGUUUGCUGGAGCUCUUCUUUCAGCUGCUGCGGUGCCACGAUAAGCUGCUACGAAAGACCUUGUACACUCACAUUGUGACAGACAUCAAGAAUGUCAAUGCUAAGCACAAAAACAACAAAGUGAACACGACACUGCAGAACUUCAUGUACACAAUGCUGAGAGACAGCAAUCCCACUGCUGCCAAGAUCUCUCUGGAUGUGAUGAUAGAACUCUACAGAAGGAACAUCUGGAAUGAUGCCAAAACAGUCAAUGUCAUCACAACUGCUUGCUUUUCCAAAGUGACCAAGGUGUUAGUUGCAAGUUUGAAGUUCUUUCUUGGGAAGGAUGAAGAUGAGAAACAAGACAGUGACUCAGAAUCUGAGGAUGAUGCCCCCACAGCCAGAGAUCUGAUGAUGCGCUACGCCACCAACAAGAAAACCACCAAGCGCAAGAAGAAAUUGGAGAAAGCCAUGAAGGUCCUCAAGAAACAGAAAAAGAAGAGCAAGCCAGAGGUGUUUAACUUCUCUGCUAUUCACUUGAUUCAUGAUCCCCAAGACUUUGCUGAGAAAUUGCUGAAGCAGCUGGAGAACUGCAAGGAGCGAUUUGAAGUGAAGAUGAUGCUCAUGGACCUGAUAUCCAGGCUGGUUGGAAUACAUGAGCUGUUCCUUUUCAACUUCUACCCCUUUGUUCAGAGAUUCCUACAACCCCAUCAGAGAGAGGUGACAAAGAUCCUUCUGUUUGCUGCACAGGCUUCACAUCAGCUGGUACCACCUGAGAUCAUUCAGUCAGUGUUGAUGACCAUUGCCAACAACUUUGUCACUGACAAGAAUUCGGGGGAGGUCAUGACUGUAGGAAUCAAUGCAAUAAAAGAAAUCACUGCGAGAUGUCCUUUAGCCAUGACUGAAGACCUGCUCCAAGACCUCGUUCAGUACAAGACUCAUAAAAAUAAAAAUGUGAUGAUGUCUGCAAGAACUCUGAUACACUUGUUCCGCUCCCUGAACCCGGAGAUGCUGCAGAAGAAGUUCAGGGGUAAGCCUACUGAGGCCUCAGUGGAAGCCAGGAUCCAUGAAUAUGGAGAACUGGAUGCCAAAGACUACAUUCCAGGAGCAGAAGUACUGGAGGUUGAGGAUGAAAAGGAAAAGGGAGGAACCCAAGAGGAAGAUGGCUGGGAAAGUGCUAGUCUGAGUGAGGAGGACAAUGAAGAUGGAGAAUGGAUUGAUGUGCAUCACUCCUCAGAUGAGGAGCAGCAGCAACAAGUAGCAGAGAAGGUGAAAAGCAUGCCCAUAGAGGAGCGGAAAGCCAAGGCUGCAGCAGUCAGUACGAGCAGGCUGCUGACUCAAGAAGACUUCCAGAAAAUACGUCUUGCCCAGCUUUCUAAAGAAAUAAAUUCUGCGCCUGGUAAAGCUGCAAAGAGGAAAUACAUUGAAAUAGAUGAUGAAGAGGAAGAGGGCAGGGGGGAGUUGCUUUCACUCAGAGAUAUCGAACAUCUGCAUAAGAAGCCCAAGUCAGACAAGGAGACCAGACUGGCAACUGCAAUGGCUGGAAAAACAGACAGGAAAGAAUUUGUGAAAAAGAAGACAAGAAUUAACCCCUUUGCCAGCUCUUCCAACAAAGAGAAGAAAAAGAACAAGAACUUCAUGAUGAUGAGAUACAGCCAUAGUGUCCGGACCAAGAACAAGCGUUCCUUCAGGGAGAAACAGAUUGCUCUUCGAGAUGCACUUCUGAAAAAGAGGAAAAAGCUGCUGAAAUAAGAGCUGAAGAGAACUUAAUCACCUUUGAAGAAAUAGCCCUGGAAAUACUUCUUUCCACCCGCCAUCCCCCUGAGGGAAAGAGGGACUGUGGUGCUCUGUGGAUUUAUCUCUCUUCAGUUCAGAGUUAAAACUGGAACUCUUGCAAGCUGAUGGAUUCUGCAUCUAUAGGACAGAUAGAGGCCUUAAACUUGGGAGGGUUUUAAUUUUAUUUUUAAAGCAUUCUAGAGGAGAAUCUUUUUAUUUAAUGUAAUUAACAUAAAACCCACUGUAAGUGUAAGUAUUAAAAUACACAACCUUGUUGUUAAAA